GUGUAGGGUGCAAUUGACCAUGCAGACCAAAGAGCAGUCCGUUCGUGUCACUACAGCUUUACUUCACGAAUGGUUUGAAAAUUAUUAUGAGAUCGGCACGCAGUCUGAAGGUUCGUUGACAAACGACGUCCAAGCAGAAGUAAGUAUACUAUUGCAAUCACACCAGAAGCCUCCUCUACUCGAAGCUGACGUCGGAAAGGUGGUCAGAGAUGUCUUUGGGCGGAAAGUACAAAGAAAGAAGACAAAGCACCAAGGAAACAGUGUCUACAAAUAUUUCGGCCUGGAAAGGAAGCGUGUGAACGACGACAUAGCACACGACUCUUCUAGGAGACCGUGUUCUUUUGGCCUUCCUAGCACAAACAUAAAUGUAGCCGACCUCUUGGAGAAAAUACAGCAGCAAACGGACGAGCUGGAAAGUGAGAGGCAACAGCGACUGAACCUGGAAAGACAACUUCGUGAAUUAGCUAUAAUUAACAAUAAUAAUAAUCUAUAG